AUGAGUGAAAUGCUACCUUUGCCUACAGAAGAUAAAUGGAAAAUUAUUGCCAAUGACUUUAAAUUGUUGUGGAAUUUCCCUAACUGUGUCGGAGCACUGGAUGGUAAGCACAUAACAAUUCAGGCUCCCUCGAACAGUGGAUCUCUAUAUUUUAAUUACAAGAAAACAUUUUCAAUUGUUUUGAUGGCCCUUGUGGACGCGAACUAUAAUUUUAUUGCCGUUGAUGUUGGGUCUUAUGGCAAAAACAGUGAUGGUGGCAUUUUUGCAAAUUCCAACCUAGGAAAAAGACUACAGCAAGGAACUUUAGGUAUACCUGGAAAUUCUCCGUUGCCAGGAACAUCAAUAGAAACACCACACGUGAUUGUGGGAGAUGAAGCAUUUCCUCUCAAAACAUAUUUAAUGCGACCUUAUCCAGGGCAAAAUUUGAAUGACGACAAGCGCAUUUUUAAUUAUCGUUUAUCAAGAGCAAGAAGAAUUCUUGAAAAUACUUUCGGUAUAUUAACACAAAAGUUUAGAAUAUACAAUAGACGGAUCCAAGCUAACCCAGAAAAUUUAGAUAAUAUAGUACUCGCUACUUGUAUUUUACAUAACUUCAUCAAAUAUUUCAAUUCAAAUACAACACAUGCAUUAGAUUAUGAGGGUACUAAUCAACCUACAAGCAGUUUACUGGAAACUGUGCAACCUCAAGGCGGAAACGCCACCGCGGGCGCAUUUCACGCAUUUCACGAAGUAUUCAAAAAUUAUUUUAUUUCUGAGGCAGGAUCAGUACCCUGGCAAGAAGAUAAAAUAUGA